CGGGUUUCUGUAGCUAUUAGUUUCAAGCUCGAAGACUCGAGUGUACUGGGCCGGGAGUUGAUUGAGUUGACCGUUGGCCGUUUUCUGUAAAGCGUGGAGAGGUCACGAAGAUGGGCGUUCCUGCCUGGGCUGAAUGGCUGCGACGCGGUUAGUUUCGAGCUCCACAAUCAACGCGACCCGCGUCGACAUCACUCCUGCAACCUUUCGAACCCCACGUACAGUGCCCGGAUGCGGGGUGAAUAGAUUUUUCAAAUGGACUUCUGGGUGAGGCUACUUGGCGGGUCGUCCCAGAAGAAGCAGGCCGCGCCAAACAAUCCGCAACAGCGUCUGGCACGCUUCCGGCAGCGAUACAACCAAGUCCUGCAAUCAUGGCAGAAGACGCCGAAUCUUGCCAACGACCGCGAAGCACUGGGCAACAUCCGCCGGGCCUUCCAAGCCCUUACCGCGAUACUCAACGACGAAUCCCGCUCACCGGCACCGCACAUGUGCCUCCAGUUCGCCGCUGCCCAGCAGAUAUACACAGCCGUCUCGAAGAUCGCAGCGACGUCACACGAUGAGGGUAUGGUCCGAGAUGCCGUCGCAUUCUACAAUGCGCUCAUCGACAGCGAAGAAGAGGACUUCCUCGAGAAUGACGUCUUCGCCGUAUCCCUGAUGAAUUUCAUCAAUCGCACUGUCGGCUCCGGGAGCAUGGGCGUGGGAGAGGACAUCGAGGCCGAUAUCGUGGAGCUGCUUUUCGGCAUUGCGGCAAAGAUUAGGUUACAGCCAGAGAUCCUGCCCGUCUGGUUUACCACCACAUCUGCAGACUCCAAUGGACGACUGGUGAACCAGAAGGUCGACUUUGCAGGCGUUACCCAGAAGGAGGACUUCCCGUUGUGCUAUCAGCUCAUCGACCACGUUCACCACGAAGGACGUAUUGGAGACUUUGCCCGAACCGGCUUGCUCUACAUAUUCGAGUCUGCAUCGAGGUCUAUUACCUUGGAGCAGUGGAUUGUGAACAGUGAUCUGCCUACCCUCAUGGCCACUGGCCUAGGAGCGCUGUACAGUCAGAUGAGCAGGAAGCUCUCGAUCCUGCAUCCGGAGUCGGACAUGCCUCUGAUCCUGUCUCUUUCCGACUACGCCGAGAUGCAACAUAACCCACAAGCGGAGAGCUUCUUUGGCGAUGACUUCCAAAAUCAUCUCGUUACCUUCCUAUCCUACCUUACAUUUUGGCAAGAUGUGCUCGAGCAUUGCCGAUCCACAGAUGUCAGACAUACAUUGAUUGAUCACUUUCAGAUUUUGUUCCUCCAGCAGUUACUAUACCCCUCAUUAUUAGAGUCUUCGGAUGCGGACGGCGGCUCUUCUGUCGCAGUGCUUACAUACCUCCGCCACAUUCUCGAUGCUCUUGAUCAUCCUGAGCUUGUGCAUAUGAUUCUCCAAUAUCUACUUGCGCUUCUGGAUUACACGGCAGCAUCGCCCAAGAUGCCGCGAUCACCCGCUGCGGUCAAAAGACGUCAGUCUCUGAUGCUGCUCAGUGCUCCCGGAAAGGACGAUGACCGCCUAAACCCGUCGCUAUUCAACCUUGUCGACCUCGUUCUAGGCAGUACAGCCUCUGAGAACCCCCAAACCGUCAUCGCAGCGUUGAAGCUAACAAAGAUUAUACUCAGCAAAAACCAUGGAUAUGCACUUGGCUCAUUAGUGAAAGUUAUGUACUUGCAUCACAAAGAGCCCCACCGAACAGUCGGUUCUCUAAACAAGGAACUCAAGGAGUACUUGGAUCUAGCCGUCGGUCUUGCUGGGUUGGAGGGUGUCGACGAGGCCUAUGAAAACUAUUUGAAAGACACGUUGAGCGCCCUGGAGAACCAUCCUUGCACAUUAAAAACAAUCACGUUACACCCCACACACCCAAAGAGCCCAGGGUAUUUCGAUUCUGCGGAGUCUACAGCAAGGGACGUCGACCCGCACUACUUACUACCCGAAGACCCACUUUUCCAGUCUAUCCUCGACUUGUUGCGUAGAUUUCUUACCAAUGAUGUCGAGACAAAUCUCGCCCUCUCUGAAGCGAUCAUUGGUCUUGGCACCUGCUCACAACUUCGUCUGGAGGGCUGGUUAUCUGUCGAUCCUGCGGACUACCAUUUCGAAAGCAACGAUAUUGAGUCUACAGAAUACCUUAACGAGGACAUGCGGAACACAGAAAUGGCUUCAAGGCUUCCAGAAUGGAGUCCGUCAGCCACUCCACAGCUGCUGCUAUGCCUACAGCAGCUCCAAGCACAAGUGGAGGCUCUUCGUGGAGACAUUCCAGACUGGGAUGAGCAUGUUGCCAAUCGCAAGAAUGCUUUCCGCUUUCAUGAAGAAAUGAGUGAGGCCAUGAAGAUUUCAACGCUUCAAUCAAAGCCGGGGCCACCGUCAUCCGACACCCCUGUAGGAUCUUGGACGCCGCAGAUACCAAAACAUCUACUGGAAAGUUCGACGACGCCUUUGAGAUCACAGUCUCCUAGAGGAAGGAAGGAGGCUCUUUCGGAGUCAAGAGGUACACCGGCAGCCUCGCCGGCGCCAUCCAGGUUUGGCGGCCAGACCCUUGUAGGAUCACCUUCAAGAGCCCUAUCACCAUUAUCAGCGCCACACAAUGCGAAACGUCAAACCACUCUCUUUUCAGAUAUCGACGCCAACUUCGCCGGAUUGAAGCAUGCUGAGUUCUUCAAAAGGCGCAUUCGCUUCCGUCGAUCGGCUGGAUCGAACACAGUCGAGGCCAUGCUCUCAAAGUACCAGCCUCCACCAAAGGACCCAGAUGAUGCAGCGACAGGAGCCGAGACUGAGGAAGAGAAAGGCGAAAUUCGUGAAGCCAGCUUGUUGCAUAUAAUCACUAACGUGGUUAUACUACAGGAUUUUGUGUUAGAAUUGGUUGCGCUGAUGCAGGUUAGAGCAAGCUUGCUCAACGAGGUCAAGUUUGUUUGACGCAUUGCAUUGCGGGAGAAUCGAGAUUGGGUGCAGUCUGGGGAUGGGCAUAUCUAGCGAAAUUAUACCCCCGUGUUUUACUCUGCUGUGCUCUACUCGUUCUCCUUUCCUCGGCAUAAUGGAUGG